CGCACCGCGCUUUCAUACGCAGCUCGCUUUGGGCAUUUGGAGGUUAUCGAGUUCCUUUGCAACAAAGGGGUUGAUCCUAAUAUCCGCAAUCAUGAUAGCAGAACACCUCUAUUCACUGCAUCCAAAUACGGUCGCUUGGAAGCCAUUCGCCUCUUGAUCGCCAAAGGAGCAGACCCGAAUGCGAAGGAUCUAUCUGGAAAUCGCCCGAUAUUGCUUGCAACAAAGAGACUCCACCAAGAAGCCACGAAAUUACUCAUCGAAUACGGCGCCGAAUGCAAGGUGUGUAAUGACCGUGGACAGUCUACGCUUUUCUUUGCAGCUCGCUUAGCCGACACGAAGUUUAUGGAUUUUGUGAUUGAGAAGGGGUUCGAUAUCAACACUAGAGAUCGGGAUGGGCGAACAGCGCUGCACUUGGCAACAGGCUGUGGCGACAAAAGAAUGGCCACAAGGUUGCUCGAGAAGAAGGCGGAUAUUAAUGCUGUUGAUCAGGGGAACAUGACCGCGUUGCAUUAUGCC